GAUGACACAAUUGAAGCACUUGCUGUUUCUGAAGAAGAUAUCAGAGUUACUAUUCAAGAUAUUGCAAACAAUGAAGCCAUUUAUACUAGGGAAGAGGCUACUAGAAAUCAGCAACACGAAACUUUUGUUGCUAAAAUUGCUGCUAUUGAUGAAGUUAUAGAUGCUAUUGAUGAUGCUGCUAACUUAUCGAACAUUUAAGUUUAGAUGCUUCCUUUGCUUAAAUAAAGAUUAAAUUGAUACACUCCAUAAGAAGUUAUCUGAUAACACAUCAUAUACUCCUCUCUUACAAGUUUUAUUUUAUAAUAAAUUAAUAGCCAGUCAUCACAGCUUUGACUGAACUUGCUACUCAUGGUUUCAACUAAAAGGCUUUGACUAAAAUUGCCCAACUUUUGAGCAAAAUAAGAUAAUAAAUUAGUCUAAGAGAAAGCUGCUAAGACAGUAUUAAUCUUUAUAAAUAAUUUAGGAUGUUGAAGAAAGACAAGCUGCCCGCUGGGCUGAAUUUUCAGUUCACUUGGCUAAUGAACAUACUAGGUUAGUUGAAAGAAAAGCAUAAUUAGAAGUCUAAAUCUAAGAAUAAAAGAAUACCAUAGAAGAUGUUAUCUCAUGGAUAGAAUUCCAUACCUUGGAAUUUGAAAAUACUGAAGAAAGACUUGCUGGAUAGUAAGCAUGAUUUGUUGUCUAAUCUCAAAUAUAUGAAACUUAAACUACUGAAAGGUAUUCAAUAUUCUAUUAUGUAGAACUGCUUAAGAAGAAGUUGUGGACAGACUCUAAGAACAUAUUAGUGGAAAAUUGUCAACCACCGCUUAAUUUAUUGCAAACAGAAAUUGA